ACUACUACAACUGUUUAUUAGUAGAGACAUCCAUCCCCAUUGUUUUAGAGCAAGCAAGAAAGAAACAGAGUUAGAUCGAGCAACACACUUAGAAUUAGAAAGAAAUCCAAGGAGCUAGAACAAGGAAAACCUGAUCUGUUGUCUGUCUCUCUUCAUUCAAUGUCUAGUUAUGAAGUUGCAGAGCUGACCUGGGAAAAUGGUCAGUUAUCCAUGCAUGAGCUAGGUGGGUCUGUUUCAUCAGAUCCAUCAAAACCACUAUGGGCUCGAGCCAGCGGUACGCUAGAGUCGAUCGUUCACCAGGCAACUUGUCACAACCCAAACCCAAAUAUGGUUGCAAACGGUCGAAUUUCCACGAUAAAUACUCUAUCCAGUGGGAAAAACCGGACGGAGAAUGCAUGUGAUGAUGAAGUACAGAUUGUGCAACAGUCCGCAAAAAAACGCUCACGGUCGCAGUCACAGUCGGAAUGCACUCUUACUAGGCACAAUACUAUGACUGCUAAUAUUGACGAUCUUCAAGUUGAACAUAGUAGAUGUGCUAGUGCGACCUAUUUACAUGAUGCUAAAACAACUACGACGACAACAUGGACAUCAUCUACCUCCCCAAACUGCAGCUUGAACACCAAAACCAUGGAGGAUGACGUUGCUUGCGCUAGCGGACCGGUAACUCGGGAUGAUCAAAAACAGGCUAAAAGCCAAACUGAAGCAGGCCAGUCUCAAAAUUCAACAAGACGUAGUCGUGUUGCUGCAGUUCACAACCAAUCAGAAAGGAGGCGUAGAGAUAGAAUCAAUCAGAAGAUUAGAGCUCUGCAGAAGUUGGUUCCAAAUUCAAGCAAGACAGAUAAAGCUUCGAUGCUUGAAGAAGUGGUUGAGUAUUUAAAAAGACUUCAAGCACAAAUUCAUGACAUGAUGAGUAUAAACAACAGAACCACAACUAUGGCAAUGCACCCACAGAUGAUGAUGCCUUUGGCUCUACAACAACAACAACAGCAGCAGCAUCAACUUCAGAUGUCUCUUUUAGCAGCAAGUAUGGGCAUGGGACUCGGAAUGGGAGUGAACCCAGCUGUUGCUUGUGCCACCCCCAGUAAUGCACAAAUUCCGCCUCAGCCUCCUUUCUUAAUGCAUCCGAUGAUGCAAGCACCCCCACUAUCUGCAAGUUCAGAUCACCAUCACAUUCCCAAUGCUAUGCCGGUCGAACCUUAUUACUCGUUUCUAGCGCAGUCGAUGAAUAUGGAUCUAUACAAUAAGAUGGGAGCAGUGUACAGGCAACAAUUAUAUCACCACGAGAAUAUGGCGGCACAAGGCAAUAGUAAGCUACUAGUACCUCCCAAGCAAACCAUGCACGACGCAAUGAUUGAUACUAUUUGUACCUACCAAUCAAACAAUGUACAACCUCAUGAUUAAUCACGAGCAUUUUUGUAUUAUUAACUAAUAAAUAAAAUCCUUUGUAAUGUUGUGAAUAAUUUGUUCCGGAUCUUAUCAACUCCAUGACAGUCCAGCUGGCUAAAUAUUGUAUGCAUCUUUUGGAGUUGGGACCAUUAUAUAUUACUACCAUUUUAGCCAGGCAGGCUACUUGUAUCCCUCACCGAUAAUUCCAAUCCGAAAAUGAGUAUCAUCAUCAA